CACUCUUUUAAUUUUUUCCUUUAUUUAUAUUUUAGAUUAAAAUUACUACAGCUGUUUAUUCAAAGGCUAUAUACACAUACAUAUCCGUGAUUUGCUCUGUGUAAACAACAAAUUUCGUUUAUUCUUUAUUUGUGUACCUAAAAUAACAAAACAAACCUCCCUCCACAUGCUGAAAAGAGCAUAAAGUUCAUUUCAACUGUGGCGUUAGGGAAGAGAAGAAGCAUAACUGCGAGAUACCUUCGAAGAGAAAAUGACGAGAGUUGCUCAAAGAAAAUUCCUUAGGAUGCUUUGGAUUUUCCUCAUUUCUCUCUUGGCGAUUCUGCCUAAGGCCUUUUGCAAGCCUGGAAAUUCGAGAGGAACGCCACCUCCUAUAAUCCCGAGCAGCUCCAUGAAACUCGAAAAUCACUUUCACGAUUUCUACAUGAGCAACUUUGUUACUGACAAGGAAUUGGCCGAGAAUAUGUGGCUGGACAUACCUGCAGAGGAUAAUAAUAGAAACUCCAUUGAUUUAAAUCGACAAGAUUGCAGCCAUCCCGACUGUUUCUCCAAGGUUGUGUUGCUGCCAUUCGACUUCCCAUUUUACGGCCACUCAGUCAGAGAAGUGGUGGUCAUGAAGGAUGGCUACAUUAAUAUUGUGAUGGACCGGUCUCACCCGGAAGCGUAUAUUGCGCCUUUGAAAGUCCCGAAUUUCCUUACAAAUGAAAAAAGCUCAGUCAGCUGGAUUGUUCAAGAAAAAUCACUGAUCGUGCAAUGGGAAAAUCUGGACACGAACUUGCAAGUAGGAACCUUUUCCUUUCAAGCGAAAUUGACGCACGAAGGCCGCAUGAUUUUCUUUUACAAGAAAAUUCCUAUAGACAUCAGUUUGUUUACUUAUAUGAAAAGAGGACACGUCCACAUCGGUCUAAAACACGUACGCGAUCUCAUCCACGAGGAUAACAGCGUCGAAGAAACGUGGAUCUAUCACGACAUUUACUUUUCCAACCACUAUUCCAUUUUCAACUUUAGGACCUUCUCUACCCUAGUUUUGAUGCCGAUUACUCGGUGCGAUCUGUACGAGGAUGAAAAACAUUGCAUGGCAGCCGCCAAACACUUAAAGUGCAAGUGGAGUUACAAAAUGGAACUUUGCAAAGAUGUAAAUCCACAAGAGCCUGUUAAACCAUCCUUGCCUGUUGACCACCCUUCGUCCAGAUUAGUAAGAGAUGACCAGAAAAUGUUACCCAAAGAGAAGAUAGAAAAUAUAAUAGCAGGCCAUCAGCCGGAAGAAAUCAUUGUUGUUUUUGAAGAGACCGUGCAUAAUAAAACUAGCAAGUGUUAUACUUCAGGAAAUUGCCAAUUCUGGAUUGUUGUGACGGUGAUCUCGAGUGUGGUCAUCAUCUUUUCAAUUUUCUCGCACAUAUCCUGCUAUAGGCCUAAAAUAGAGAAGACCUGGCCCAAGAAAUUGAAGACGUUGAGCUUUGGCGAUAAAAAGAUAAGGCUUAUCGUCGAUAGUGGAUUGGAUUAUGAAUCAAAUUAAAAAUGUAU